AUGACACCAUUCUACUUUAUUAUAGCAUUAAUAAUACAGACACUGCUUGUUGGCGCAGAAAAGGAUAUAGAUAUAUCAUGCAAUGAAACCGUAAUUUUAGAUUCUGUUACAAAUAAGAUCGAAGAUGAUAUCGUUGUAAAAGAUUUUCAUGCAGCUCCACUGGAUUGGAUGGAUGUCAUAGGUUCUGCGGGAUCUGUUUACCCAACUUCCUCUGCUUCUAUGAUGGCACAAGCUGUACUCUCUGAUAAACCACCAGAAGAACAAUUAGAAGAUAUCAAAGACAUUGCCAGUCAGAUAAAAAUGGCUGUACAAAGUGAAAUGGUAAAUCUUCUUUCUUAUGUCAUUCCUGGGACAGAAAAUGAAUCUGAGGGAUGUAUUGCAAGGAAAAAACGCUCCGUAGAAACUCCAACUGAUAGUACAAAAUUAGUAAUGAGACUAUUGAAGCACAUUAAAUCCAACAAUGAUUACCAAAACAUUGCCAUUGAAAAAAUGAUGAGUGCCCAAGAAAUCGCUGAUAAGUACGGUAUUCCAUUCAAGGCCGAUCCAGAAAUUCUUACAGAUUUAGCUGUAGCUGGCAAUGAACAAGCCAAUGAACUAACAUCAAUAUUGAAAGACGUUUGUGAAGUUAACAAUGCAACAAAGAAGCAAUCAGAGUGCAAACCAGAAAAAGCAGUUCACAAUAUUACAUACCAACAUGAAGAUACUAUUAAAAAGCCAACGGAUAGUUCAUAUGCUUACUACGAUGUUUACUCGGAACCUCAAUCGUAUCAUUACUGCAGUCCAGUAACACCACGCCCUAGUUUCUAUGAUACAGUGUCCUAUAGACCGUCGCAAGAUUAUUAUUCGUAUUGUACUGUAGAACCAAUAUCUACAACGUCAUCUAUAUUUGAUCCAAUUGAACCCUUACCAGAGCUUGUAGGCGAGGAAAUUGAAGAGACAAUAUCAUCUAAGAUUUUCGUCAAUGACGAUGUAGAACCAGGCUCGUCCACCGUAAGUCAUGUUACCUCUUACACGGUCUCAGAGAAAUCACAUUUCAGAAAGCCACACAUAGACGCGCUGCCUCAACAAAUGCAGUACUACUUUUAUUUAAUAUAA